AUGAGGAUGAAUGAUGAAGAUAUAGCCAUCCUUAUUUGCAAAUUCGAUCGAUUACGCAUCUCUGAUAAAGAUAAUAAAGAAGUGGAGAAGAUCCAAGCAUCUCAAAUGGAUCAGAAAGACUUGAUAGUAUCAGUAAUAAAAAAUGUAGUUGGAGAAGUGCAAUUAGCAUUUUGCAAAUUGUGGCUAACAUCGACUGCCAACAAUGGAAUAACAUUUUCUGAAAUGAUGUCGGAAGGCGACUGCAGAAGAUGCUUUGAAGCCAGAAGUGCUUCAUCAAAUAGAGACGUUUGGUAUUGUUGGACAGUCGUCUAG